AUGUCGCUGAUGAACUCGGCGGUUGCGAUUCACGUUACGAAAAUUUGCAAGGAACAUGAGGAUGGAGGAGGUACUCCUGGGGGAGAUAUGGGUGGGAAGCUGAGACCGACGAUGUGGUGGACUGUUCUGUAUCUUCCAGGGAUGUUUGCUGGCAUGGUCGGACUAAUGUCACUCGUCGUCCAGAAUUUCCACAUCGAAGCACUCAAGAUCCUGACAGUCGUAUUCUACACGAUCGUCGGUUUCGGGAUUAUGGUGGGCUUGCUAUCCAUCGUCAUAGGGAGGAUGCGAAAGCCUCGGUACGAAAGUAUAGACAGAAAGGAGACUGUUCAGCAGGGGCUUGGAGGGCUAAUCAUUUCUGUGAUGAUCUACACUGUUCUGGCCGCUUUCUAUGGGGAUUGGGCUUUGGGUCUCAUGACGGACAAUUUGAUAGGACUUCCCAGCGGGGACUACCGAGCCUUGUAUUGGUUGUACUUUACAGCGAAACGCUUACCUAUGUUUUCCAUGUAG